UUGUCGGCCAUUUUUUACAAGUACAAGCUCCCCGACACACAAAACAUAACACACUCCCGUUAUAACUGUAAAUAUUAUCGGAGUACACCACCGCAGUGAGACGUGAACAGCCGUCAUGUCCGACUUUAUUGUCAGCGAGGCUGAGGAGUCAGAGGAGGAGGAGGAGGAGUUAGAAGAGAAAGACUUAAAACCUAAAAAGACCCAGCGGUUUGUGGAGGAAGAUGACGAGGAAGAAGAAGAGAACACAGAGGACCAGGAUGAACGAGGAAAUUUACGCGGACUCAUUGAUGAUGCAGAAGAGGAGGAGGAGCCGGUGGCACCAGCACCUGCAAGUGCAGCGGGGAGUGACUCAGAAGAAGAAGUAGUAGGGAGGCAUCGACGGAAAAAGCGCAAUCGUGAAGACGACUACCUGGAUGACGAUGAUUUGGACCUGAUUGAGGAAAACUUGGGUGUUAAAGUGAAAAGAAGGAAGAAGAAAUACGACCGUGUAAAAACACUCGAUGAUGAUGAAGACGAUGACGACGAGAAGGACUUGAUCGCGGAUGAGAUCUUUCAUGGAGAUGCCGAGGGCGAUCUGGAGGAAGGGGAGGCCGUCGAUGAGCCCCUCCACCAAGCAGAUGACGAGGAAGAAGGAGAAGACGAGGAGUCAGAUAUAGACGAUUUUAUUGUGGAUGAUGACGGCCAACCCAUCACCAAAAAGAGGGGCAAGAAGUUCUCAGGAUACACAGAUGCAGCCCUCCAGGAGGCCCAGGAAAUCUUCGGCGGAGACUUUGACUUCGCUGAAUUUGACGCAGACGCAUACGACCAGGGUGAGGAGGAGGAGGAGGACCAGGAUGAAGAAGCUUGGGACCGACCCAAGAAGCAGACAAAGAGGAGGCAAGGCAGGAAGAGCAUCUUUGAGAUCUACGAGCCCAGCGAGCUGGAAAGUAGUCACAUGACCGACCAAGACAACGAGAUCCGUAACACAGACAUGCCGGAGAGGUUCCAGUUGCGAUCCAUCCCUGUUAAACCCGCUGAGGAUGAUGAGCUGGAAGAGGAAGCAGAGUGGAUCUUCAGACACGGAUUCUCCACUCUAACUAUCUCCAUGCAGGAGAGCACAGAUUAUCUGGACAGGGGGACGACUACAAACUUCAGCAGGAAGGGCCCCAGCACAAUUGCCAAGAUCAAAGAGGCCCUCAACUUCAUGAGGAAUCAACAAUUUGAGGUCCCAUUCAUAGCUUUCUACAGGAAAGAAUAUGUGGAGCCAGAACUAAACAUAAACGACCUGUGGAAGGUUUGGCAGUGGGAUGAAAAGUGGACUCAGCUGAAGAACCGGAAGCAGAACUUGACCCGUCUGUUCCAGAAGAUGCAGGCCUACCAGUUUGAGCAGAUCUCAGCUGACCCUGACAAACCUUUGGCUGACGGCGUCCGUCCUUUGGACACCUCCGACCUGGAGAGAUUGAAAGAUGUGCAGACUCUUGAAGAGCUGGGGGAUGUUUACAACCACUUUCUGCUCUACUACGGCCGAGACAUCCCCAAGAUGCAGAACACUGUAAAGACCAGUAAGAAGAGGCUCAAGAAGAUCAAAGAAGUGAACGAAGAUGGUGAAGAAGAGGAAUUGGAGGUAGAAGAAGAAGAAGAAGAACAGAAAGGACCUGACCUCAAGCUGGCGUCUCGUAGAGAUAUGUACAGCAUCUGUCAGAGCGUAGGACUUGAUGGCUUGGCUAAAAAGUUUGGGUUAACUCCAGAGCAGUUUGGAGAGAAUUUGCGUGACAGUUACCAGCGUCACGAGACGGAGCAGUUCCCGGCCGAGCCCGUGGAGCUGGCCAAAGACUACGUGUGCAGUCAGUUCAGCUCUCCUGAGGCCGUGCUGGAAGGAACCAGGUACAUGGUGGCCAUGCAGAUCGCCCGUGAACCUCUGGUCAGACAUGUCCUCCGACAGACCUUUCAAGAGAGGGCCAAGAUCAACAUCAAGCCCACAAAGAAGGGGAAAAAGGAGAUAGACGAGGCUCAUUUUGCCUACUCCUUCAAGUAUCUUAAGAACAAGGCUGUAAAAGAGCUGAAUGGGGAUCAGUUCUUGAAGAUGGGCCUGGCAGAGGAAGAGGGGCUGCUUACCAUUAAUAUCUGCAUUGACCUUUUAGGAGUCAAAGGCUUCGCCGGGGAGCAGACUUACUUUGACGAGAUCAAACAGUUCUACUACAGAGAUGAGUUCAGUCACCAGGUGCAGGAGUGGAACAGGCAGCGAACUCUUGCCAUAGAGAGAUCCCUCACUCAGUUCCUCUACCCUCAGAUGGCCAAGGAGCUCAAGAGCAAACUGAUCACUGAGGCCAAGGAGAGCAUUGUCCGGUCCUGCUGCCGUCGGUUGUACAACUGGCUGAAAGUGGCUCCUUACCGACCAGAUCAGCAGGUUGAGGAAGACGAUGAUCUGAUGGAUGAGAGUCAGGGCAAAGGCAUUCGGGUGCUGGGAGUAGCAUAUGCGCCCAGCCGAGACACACCAGUGUUCUGUGCGCUGAUCAACGGGGAAGGGGAGGUGGCCGACUUCCUGCGUCUGCCCUACUUCAUGAAGAGGAGGAACGCCUUUAGGGAGGAUGAGAGAGAGAAGAAGGCCCACGACAUCGAAACUCUCAAAAAGUUUCUAUCUGGGAAGAAACCUCAUGUCGUGGCUGUCGCUGGGGAAAACAGAGAUGCUCAAAUGAUCAUGGAGGACAUCAAGAGGGCCAUCAGCGAGCUGGAACAAGAGUCCUCUGUCCCCGCUGUGGGAGUGGAGCUCGUUGACAAUGAGUUGGCCACGCUGUACAUGAACAGCAAGAAGUCUGAGGUUGACUUUAGGGAUUACCCCCCCUUGCUGCGACAGGCUGUGUCAAUAGCCAGGAAGAUCCAGGACCCCCUGAUAGAGUACGCUCAGGUUUGCAGCACUGAUGAUGAUAUUCUCUGCCUCAAACUCCACCCACUGCAGGAACAAGUGGUGAAGGAAGAUUUGCUCUGUGCUCUUUACUUUGAAUUCAUUAACCGUGUGAAUGAGGUCGGAGUGGAUGUGAACAAGUGCAUCGCCCACCCUCACACCCAGAGCCUGGUGCAGUUUGUCUGUGGUCUGGGGCCGAGGAAGGGCUCCCAGCUGCUGAAGAUUCUGAAGCAGAACAACACUCGUCUGGAAAACCGAACCCAGCUGGUCACAAUGAGUCACAUGGGACCCAAGGUGUUCAUCAACUGUGCUGGUUUCAUCAAGAUCGACACGGCGUCGCUCGGAGACAGUACGGACUCCUACAUCGAGGUCCUGGAUGGGUCUCGUGUUCACCCUGAGACGUACGAGUGGGCUCGUAAGAUGGCCGUGGACGCGCUCGAGUACGAUGAAUCGGCAGAAGAUGCCAACCCAGCCGGAGCUCUGGAGGAGAUCUUGGAAAACCCAGAACGUCUCAAAGAUCUGGACCUGGACGCCUUCGCUGAAGAGCUUGAGAGACAGGGUUAUGGCAACAAGGGCAUUACUCUGUAUGAUAUCCGUGCAGAGCUGAGCUGCAGGUACAAAGAUCUGAGAGUCGCCUACAGGGUCCCCAACACUGAGGAGGUCUUCAACCUGCUCACCAAGGACACCCCAGAGACCUUUUAUAUUGGUAAGCUGAUCACCAGUAUAGUAACUGGUAUUGCUCACCGGCGGCCUCAGGGAGAGAGCUACGACCAGGCCAUCAGAAACGACUCCACCGGGCUGUGGCAGUGUCCUUUCUGCCAGCAGGACAACUUCCCCGAACUCAGCGAGGUUUGGAAUCACUUUGAUAGUGGUUCGUGUCCAGGUCAGGCCAUCGGGGUGCGGUCCAGAUUAGAUAACGGCGUCCAGGGGUUCAUUCCCACCAAGUUCCUCAGUGACAAAACGGUCAAACACCCCGAGGAGAGGGUCAAGGUGGGUAUGACGGUUCACUGCCGCAUCAUGAAAAUCGACAUUGAGAAAUUCAGCGUGGACCUCACAUGCCGCACCUCGGAUCUGAUGGACAAGGCCAAUGAGUGGAAGCUUCCCAAGGACAGCUACUAUGACUUUGACAAAGAGACUGAAGACCAAAAACAGGAAGAGGACCUCAAAAAGAAACAACAGCGAACACCAUAUAUAAAGCGCGUGAUCGCCCAUCCAAACUUCCACAAUAUCAGUUUCAACCAAGCGGAGAAAAUGAUGGAGACCCUGGACCAAGGAGACCUGAUCAUCAGACCCAGCAGCAAGGGAGAGAACCACCUCACUGUCACCUGGAAGGUGGCUGAUGGCAUCUACCAGCAUGUGGAUGUGAGGGAAGAAGGCAAAGAGAACGCAUUCAGCUUGGGACACACUCUCUGGAUCAACUCUGAGGAGUUUGAAGAUCUGGAUGAAAUCAGUGCUCGGUUCAUUCAACCAAUGGCGUCAUUUGCCCGAGAUCUCCUGGGGCAUAAGUACUUUCAGGAAUUGGGGAGCAAGGAUAAAAUGGAGGAGUUGUUGGUCAAGACAAAGAGGGAGAAGCCUACUUUUAUUCCAUACUUUCUAUCGGUAUGUAAAGAGCUCCCGGGGAAAUUCAUCCUGGGCUACCAGCCUCGAGGAAAACCAAGGGUUGAGUAUGUGACCAUCACCCCGGAUGGCUUCCGGUACCGCUCGCAGGUUUUCCCCACAGUGAACGGGUUAUUCCGCUGGUUUAAGGACCAUUACCAAGAGCCUGUGCCAGGCGUCACUCCCAGCAACAGCAGCAGAACAAGGACUCCUGCGUCCCUGAACGCCACCCCAGCAAAUAUCAACAUCGCAGACUUGACGCGAGCUGUCAACUCCCUCCCACGCAACAUGACCUCUCAGAUGUUCAAUGCCAUCGCCGCGGUUACAGGCCAGAACCAGAACCCCAACACCACCCCCGCUCAGUGGGGCUCCAGCCAGUACGGAUACGGUGGCAGCACAGGGGGAGGAGGGGGGAGCUCCUCUGCGUACCAUGUGUUUGCUACCCCUCAGCAGCCCAUAGCGACGCCCCUGAUGACGCCCAGCUACUCGUACACCACCCCCAGCCAGCAGGCUCUGGGCACGCCGCAGUACACCAGCACCACCCCCCAGUCCUCACACUCCCACGGGAGCCAUCCACACGGGAGCCACGUGUCACAACCAAGCCACCAAAGCAGUCAACACGGCAACCCGUCCAGCACACCGACAUCCUCCACCUCAUCCAGAGGACGCACGCCACAGCAGCAGCAGCCGCCGCCGCCAAAGCCCAGCGGCAGCAACGCCUCCGCAGUGGACUGGGGCAAGAUGGCGGAGCAGUGGCUGAAGGAGAAAGAGGCGGAGGGGCGGAAGAAGACCCCGAGGAUGACGCCCCGCCCGUCCCCCAGCCCCAUGAUCGAGAGCACGCCCAUGUCCAUCGCCGGAGACGCCACACCCCUGCUGGACGAAAUGGACCGAUAG